AUGGAGUCUGACAACUCUCGAAGAGCAGUGCACAGUCUGGACAGUGGGAGGUUCCUAAGUAUACUGCACAGCAUCUUUGGGCUGAUUGAUGACAGGAUCACAGUCUUCACUACAUUUGACAAAGACAAAGACGGCGUUGUCGGCAUGGAAGAGUGGAUUGAGGGGACUGCCUAUUGCUUCAGCAUGUACGACUUGAAUGGUGACAAUGCCAUCUCUAGAGAGGAGAUGCUCGAUUUUCUGAAGGAGAGGCUCAUCAGACGGCCCAAUGAGGACCCUGACGAAGGAAUCAAAGACCUGGUGGAGAUCAUACUGAAAAAGAUGGACUAUGAUCUUGAUGCCAAUGUGUCUUUUAAAUAUUUUGAAAAGGUUGUGAAAGAUGAGAACCUAUUCCUGGAAUUGUUUGGACACUGCCUUCCUGAUUUCAGGAGAGUCGAGGUGUUUGAAGGAAGUGUAUUUCAGGAACAAAUGGAAGAAUAA